CUCCGUGCUGCUGUGGCUUUAAUGGCGCCUCCUCCCUCCUCUCUCUUUCUCUGGGCGGGUACUAUGAUUUCGACUGCUGCCGCGACGAGUGAGACUCAGUUCAUUCAGCGGCCGGUCACGCUGGUUCACCGUCUUCACCGUGUAAACAUCAACAGUUUAGCUUCGUGAUGAUCUCUGACUGCUUUCCUCGCUGCUGUCCGGUGAAAAUGAAGCUUCUCCUGCUCGUCACGUUCACUUUUCUGCUUGUUCCGACAUCAUGUGAAAACUCUCCGGAGUGCCGGUUCAUGAUGAAAGGAGGGGACGACCUCAUUCUACAGUGUCAGGCGGCUGAUUUCGACUUGUCUGAUAAUCCGCUGGAUGUAACGAGACCGGACCUCAAACAUCAGGGCAAAGAUGUCGUCCACGCAUAUCGACACCAACACGACUUCCUUACUGAUCAGAUGGAUCAGUACAAAGGCAGGACGACUCUCAACCGUGAAGACCUGAAGAACGGAACCAUCACUCUCCGGAUCUCCUCAGUGGGCCCGUCUGACAGCGGACAGUACAGAAUCUUUGUCCCGGGGCUGUUUGUCCAUUAUAUCACUGUUGAACAGCAGAACUCAACAAAGACGGAUAAUUCCAGCACAGCUGCUCCUCCAGUGACAGACGUGACCGAGCCAGACAAUCCUGGUGCUGGAAACACGACUGAUGGGAACGUUGGUGUUGCUGCUGUUGUUGUUGUUGUUGUUGUUGCUGUUGUCGUCCUGCUGAAUCUCAGACAGAUCAAGAAGAAGAAGAAGCUGAGUGGACCGACGGGACCAGAAGCAGAGCAGAACUCUAAUGGUCUUGAAAUGGGAACCCUGAUGACUCCAGAGACCAACAACUCACACAGCACUGCACAAAAUGGACUGAUGACGCUCACAACAGUCUCAGAGCUUGAAGACAUGUGUUGAUGAACUGGAACCUUUUUACUGCUGCUGUUUGUUUUCUAACAGUUGUGAAUCCUCUUUACCAGGCCGGACAGUUAUUCUUCCAGCGAGGCCUCGUUAGCGACUGAGGGACACCGUGUCUCUGAUUUAAUUAUUUUAGAUCAUGCAGGAGUCUUUAAACACACUGAACAGGUAAACUGAGCCCAUCUUUGAUAAGAACUGUUGGGUCCUGAACAGCCAAACGGACCUGAUGGAGGAACAAACCUGUAAAACAUCACCAGUUACUUUUAGAUGACUUAUUAUUACAGCUCUCAUCAGGACCAAAACCAGCACCAGGUGUUUAUGAAUGAACUUGUUCUACUGUGUGUAAUCUUGUUGGUCACAUGGUGCCUCGACGCAGAACCAGAGCAGCUUUCCAUCAUUUUAAAACAUCAUCAGGAAGGAAACUUUCAUCUCCAGCUGGUUCUGAGAAACUGGUUCCUGCUCUCAUCUUAAACUGGUCCCACUGCUGUAACCGUCUGUACUGGACGACCCACAUCAGACAAUAUGAAGCUUCUGCUCACUGAUCAAACUCUUACUGUCCCUUUAAUCUCUGCUGAGUGUAUCUGAGCAGCACUGCUGUGUUUUUAUGUUGCUGUUUUCUGCUCUGACGUGAAGCUUUUUAUCAGCCUCAUCCAGCGUCUGUCAGCUGAAUAUCAGCAUCCAGAAACUUCACCACUGUGCUUUUAUUUUUCCUUCUUGUUGAAUCUGUUUACUGUCGCACUUUAUCUUCUUCUGACUGGAGAUCAGUAUGAACAGCUUGAAUUUUGCCUACUUUGGACAGCAAAUGUAAAAUAUUUUGAUUACUGAUCUUGCACUGCCUUAAAACAUAUAUUGUAAACAUAUUUAUGCUCAUGUUGUUGCUUUAUGUACAAUGUUUCCGUGGUAAACACAUCAAUAAAUGUGUUUUAUGUAUUUAUACAGCGUCAUACCACAGUUGCGAUGUUUAUUUGUCCAUCUAAAAAGAAUUUUAUAUUAUAUAUAUUAAAUAUAUUUUUACAGUUUCUGAUAUUUCCUCUUAGCUUAACUACCUGCUUUGUUAUUAAGUAAAGUACGACAGGGCUUUCUUUUAAUCACA